AUGCUCGCCAGGAUGCUGAGGCUGCGGCUCCUGAACGCAGUGGCUCCCGCCUACUUCUUCACCGCCACGGCAGUCACCUUCAUACUGCAUUUCGGUUUCUUCCUGCCUACCAUUUUUCCAAGCUCAGGCUCAGAAUCGCCACUGAAGGGCUCCACAGUGCUGCAUACCUCCGUGUUCCUGUUCAUGAUGCUCAACGCGCUGGGGAACUACAUCAUGACCAUCAGAUACCCCGCGGAAAGCGCCAACGACCCGAUGGUAAUCCCGGUGUGCUCACCGGAUUGCUCGGACAGGAUCGACGCUCACUACCUCCUGAACGGCCGUCAUUUCUGCAAGCUGUGUAAGAAGGUGAUCCUGAAGAGGGACCACCACUGCUUCUUCACGGGGAACUGCAUCGGCAACAGGAACAUGCGCUACUUCAUCAUGUUCUGCAUCUACACGUCGUGCACCUGCCUCUACUCGCUGGUCCUCGGAGUGGCCUUUCUCACGGUGGAGUACGACAUCUCUUUCGAGAACCCGUUGACCUUUCUGACCCUUCUCCCCCUCUCCACGGGUUACUUCUUCAUAGGAGGCGUCUCUGGGCUGCAGCUGUUCCUGGUCAUCAUGCUCUACGUUUGGCUCGGCAUAGGACUGGUGUGUGCGGGCUUCUGCUGCCAGCAGGUGCUGCUGGUGGCCCGCGGACAGACCUGGUGUCAGCUGCAGCGAGGCACGCUGGUUCAGAGCCGCAGCCCCUGGAGAAGCAACCUCCGCGACGUUUUCGGUACGCGCUGGGGCCUUGGACUCGUCUGGCCCGUGCGGACGGUGGAGACGAGCGCCGUGGCACACGCGAACCCCAAAGCGCACACCGAAUGACUCGCGCUAAGAGUCACCGCUCCCCACUAGGU